AUGCUGCAGACUACCAGGCGUACAGUUAGCCACGCAUACGAACUGGCUGCUGUGUAUGGCCAACCUGCAUUAACCAUCUGCAACACGCAGAUUUUUGCAAAGCCUUGGCUGGCAUGUACCGGACGGAUUCGCCUCUUCACAAAUUCCGUUGUACCAAGACGAUCUUUCAAUGCAACCUACGAUGUAGCCCACGCGUCGCGUCUCAGUAUCAAGGCAGGACGUGAGGCAUCGUACCAGGGUACCUUACAUCCAUCUUUCACAAAGCGCAAAUCACGAACAGCUCGUUUCGCCACCGUUGCAAAUUUCCCCUCGAAGCAAACCCAGGAGUAUGGAGCGAUCGUUGUCGGCGCAGGUCCGGCCGGCGUCACAUGUGUUGGGAACCUCCUGGAACGAGGUGUAGCGCCAAUUCUCUGGGUCGAUCCCGCGUUCAAUGGAGGCCGGGUCAAUGCCAAGUAUCGAGAAGUGCCGUCCAAUACAAAGGUGCAGUUGUUCAUCGACUUUGCUACGGCUGUAACACCGUUCAGACAGACGAUCAGCGACGGUACACCGAAGGAACCGACGAACCGAAGCGGGUCCCUCGAUCCAACAAAAGGCUGCCACCUUAGCCAUGCAGCAGAUAUGAUUUUGACUCUUACGAAAGGUUUGCUACAACGGCCAGACGUAGUCGGUCAAAGGGGCUACGUCACAGACGCAGAGCUUGAUCUGGAAACCGAGCGAUGGUCGGUGAACGUUGAAGGUGAAGCGCAAAUGGCAACGGCUACCACGAAGAGGGUUGUCUUCUGCACUGGCUCGUCGCCCACAGAAGCGCCUCUACCGGAGAAUGUUAAUGAUACACCGCGCAUCGACCUCGAUGAUGCUCUAUCACCAACACUGCUCACCAAGAAGCUGACGCCGUUGGGCCCAACGACGAUCUCAGUCAUCGGAGCAUCCCAUUCCGCUAUAUUGGUGCUGCGCAACCUCUAUAACCUGGCCGCAUCUGCUAAGCCCGACUUGAGGAUACGUUGGUGCACAAGACAUGCUCUUCGCUACGCAGAGUACAUGGAUAACUGGAUUCUGCGCGAUAACACCGGCCUGAAGGGCGAAGUCGCCACCUGGGCCAAAGAGCAUCUUGAGCCCGAAGUGUUCCCAAAAAGCCCUGUGAGCAAGUUCAUCGAUGUCAUCACUUACGAAAAAGGUGAGGAGCAAAAGGCAUUCGAGCAGCAUCUGCCGGGCUCGGACUUUGUGAUCCAGGCCAUUGGGUAUACGCGCGAACCGAUUCCACGCCUACGGACGAGCAAGGGCGAGGAAAUCGAUCCACAUUACGACCACGAGAACGGCACCUUUACAUACGCGGCAGGUCCAGAACCUGGUACGCAACGGCUUCCGGGCUUGUACGGUGCUGGCAUCGCAUGGCCCGAGCGGGUCAAGGAUCCGUAUGGUAACGUGGAGUAUGCGGUAGGCUUCUGGAAGUUUAUGAAGUACGUGAAAAGGGUCAGUCCGCAUUGGAAUUGAGCGUAGUCGUUCCCAAAGGGUUGCUUUAGCGAGGCGCUGGAGGCAACUGUCGGUCAUAUUCGGGCAAGCUAGUAAAGCAGCAAACGUGAUGUUCGUCGAGCAAUGCAAGUCUACCUUUCGGAUGACUUGCGACCUAGCCUGAGUGUCUCUUUCAAGGAUAGCAUUGCUCUCCUGUAAGAAGCUUCAGUCGAUAAGUGAGUGC